GACUACAUUUCCCAGAUAGCUUUACUUCCCGGGCUGUCGCACUUUACUAGGGCGUGUCUUGGAAGAGAGGCCACAGCCGGCGAGCACCGCUGGGGCAUCUCGCUCACCUCCGGCAGCCGCACCUGCCUCCCCGCGAGAUGAUUGGGGUCCUGCUCGUGCUCCUCCUCCUCCCCUUUCUCCUGUACAUCGCUGCACCCCAAAUCAGGAAAAUGCUGUCCAGCGGGGUGUGUACAUCAACCAUCCAGCUUCCUGGGAAGGUCGCUGUGGUCACUGGAGCCAACACAGGCAUCGGGAAGGAGACAGCCAAAGAGCUAGCUCAAAGAGGAGCCCGUGUAUAUUUAGCUUGCCGGGAUGUGCAAAAGGGGGAGUUGGUGGCCAGAGAGAUCCAGAUCAUGACAGGGAACCAACAGGUGUUGGUGCGGAAACUGGACUUGGCUGAUACUAAAUCUAUUCGAGCCUUUGCUAAGGGCUUCUUAGCAGAAGAAAAGCAUCUCCACAUUUUGAUCAACAACGCAGGAGUGAUGAUGUGUCCCUACUCCAAGACAGCCGACGGCUUUGAGAUGCACAUGGGAGUCAACCACUUAGGUCACUUCCUCCUGACCCACCUGUUGCUAGAGAAGUUGAAGGAAUCAACCCCAUCAAGGGUAGUGAAUGUGUCUUCCUUAGCACAUCACCUGGGAAGGAUCCACUUCCAUAACCUGCAGGGUGAGAAGUUCUACCAUGCAGGUCUGGCCUACUGUCACAGCAAGUUAGCCAACAUUCUCUUUACCCAGGAACUGGCCCGGAGGCUAAAAGGCUGUGGCGUUACAACGUACUCUGUACACCCUGGCACAGUCGACUCUGAAUUGGUUCGGCACUCAUCCCUCAUGAGAUGGAUUUGGUGGCUUUUCUCCUUCUUCAUCAAGACCCCUCAGCAGGGAGCCCAGACCAGCCUGUACUGUGCCUUAACAGAAGGUCUUGAAGUUCUAAGUGGAAACCAUUUCAGUGACUGCCAUGUGGCAUGGGUCUCUGCGCAGGCUCGUAAUGAGACAGUAGCAAGGCGGCUGUGGGAUGUCAGCUGUGACCUGCUGGGCAUCCCUGUGGAUUGACAGGUGAUGGCAGUUGGACCCAAGAGAAGCCUGCAGUAGACUACUAAGUACUCCCUGCCAAAAUGAUUCUCCUUCAGGAUGGCCAAAACCUUGAGCACAAAGAAAGCAAACCUUCCAGCCUCGCCUGCUUGAUGUCUGGUAACAGCCCAGUGUACACUGCCAGAUUCAUCUAAACGCCUCGCAUUUGUCCAGAUUUAUUUUGCUCCUGUUACUGCCAGAGUUACUAGAGAUAAUAUAGGAUAAGUAGACCUUCAUAUGACCUCCAAGCUCAUAUUUUCCUUCUGAAGCCUACUACCUAGGAGAACCUAAGCUAUGGCAGGGGUUAAUUUCUGGCACUUUGGAUUAGUUUCUAUCCUCUUUGUCCACAAUGUAGUUCCUCCCAACCAAACAGCCUUCAAGGGGGCCAUCCUUUAGCCUUAGCUAAACUCCAGGAGUCACAGUGGCUUGGCUCAAGAGCAGGGCUUGUCCCUCACCUCUUAAGAAAACCAUCAUGGCACCAACGUCUGGAUUCUUUCAGGAAACUUCACUGAAUCUGGAUUGUGGCAUGGCUUUAUCUCUGACAACCUAAAGCCACUGCUGCUAAAACACUUUCACAUGCCUAGACCACAGAAGAGCUCCCUUUUCUAAGAAGUUGGUGGAGUUUACAGGAUGGCAGAAAUUUGGGGAAAGGCAAAAAUAAAAAUCAAAUUUAAACUGUCA